UCUUUUUACAAUAACUUAAGUUUAUUUGAGUCAGAGUUGACUAUGUCUAUGCAAAGUAGGCAGAUAUAGAGAUCACAGAUGCUUAGUUAAUUAAAUUAAUGCAAAAAUACUAAAAAAAAAGGGCAAAAAAACAGAAAAGCUGACUACAAUUAUAAAAGAGAGCGUGCAAUUGCCGGCGAUUAAUUUUAUACACUAAAAUAAAAAGCUUAUAUAAUAUCUUGUCAAAAAAAAAAAAAAAAAAAAAAAAAAUCUCAUUCAAAUGAAGAGGGCUCAAGAGAAUGGUAUCUUUGACAAGGAAAAAUGGGUGAUAAAAGGAGGGAAAAGAUCACCAUUACUAAUGAGAAUGGGAGUGUUAGUGAUGAUUAUGGUUUGUGGGGUAUACAUUGGUUUAACAGGCUGUUUAAAUGUAGUAAACACUCCUACCAUAAUUAUCACAACCUCCAAAUUCAUCAAAAGUAACAAUUUUCAAGUCAAUUUUCUGCAAUAUCAAAGUAAUUCAUCAGAAUCUCCUUAUAUACAUUACCCUAAGCCUCUUACUUUUACCAGGGAAGAAUGUGAAUGCAAUCCAGUCCGGCCAUUCGCAAUCUUAUCAAUGCAGAGAUCAGGUAGCGGAUGGUUUGAGACAAUGUUGAACAGCCACAUAAACGUAAGCUCGAAUGGUGAAGUAUUUUCAGUUAAGGAGAGAAGAAAUAAUGUGUCAAUGAUUCUGAAAACUUUAGAUCAAGUCUACAAUUUGGAUUGGUUCAAUAGUGCUUCAAAGAAUGAGUGCUCAGCUGCUGUUGGACUCAAGUGGAUGCUCAAUCAGGGUUUGAUGGAGAACCAAGAAGAAAUAGUGAAGUAUUUCAACCUGAAAGGUGUUUCUGUAAUAUUUUUAUUCAGAAGAAAUUUACUGAGGAGAAUGAUAUCAGUGUUGGCAAAUUCUUAUGACAAAAAUACUAAGCUGCUCAAUGGAACUCAUAAAUCUCAUGUGCAUUCGUCUAUUGAGGCUCAAGUAUUGGCAAGUUACAAGCCGAAAAUAAAUGCCACAGAAAUUGAACCUAAACUAAAACAGGAAGAAGCAAUCAUAGCUCAGGCCUUGGAGUUUUUCAACAGCACACGACACAUCGUGCUCCACUAUGAAGAUCUAAUAUCCAACUGCACACAGAAAUUGCAGGAAAUCCAAGAGUUUCUCAGCGUACCUCACAGAAACCUGACAAGCCGACAAGUGAAAAUACACGGAGGGCCAUUGGCAAACCAAGUCGAGAACUGGGAUGAGUUAGAAAGCAUACUUAAGAAGACAUCAUAUGAGAGGUUCCUUCAUGCUGAUUAUAGAUAAAGAUAAGUUAAAAUGUAUUUGCUGAUAAUGUAUUCAUCCUUUUGCCAUAUUUUGUCCACAAAAGGAAAUAGGUGCAAGUUUUUUACAAUCUCUGAAGGGAGAGCAAUUGUAAUUAGCUACCUGAUACAUUAUAUAUAGCAUCCUUAUUACAUUCUGCUACAAA